UAGUAAACGAUCAUCAUGCCACCAAAUGAAGUGACAGUCGAUGAGCCACAACCAGCGCCUGAAGUGGAAUCAGCGACUGCAGAAUUAGAAACAGCAGACCAAAAGGCUGAAGAAGCAACACAGCAUUCAAUAUUUCGAGAAAAUGCACAUCAGCCAGUUGGUGAAAAUCAAAAAAUUAUACCCAACAUAAUAGAAACGACACAAACCCCACAAGGCACAACAGAAGGAGAACCAGAAGAGACUACUACUAAGACCUCAGUGUUACAAAAAGUUGAAAAUGCUGGUGAGCGUGUUACCAUUGCAAUUGCUGAUAAAACUGGCCUACCCACCUGGGGUGUGGUGGCCAUUAUCAUAUUGGUAUUCCUGGUUGUCUUCGGCAUCAUAUUCUUCUGUGUACGAAGAUUCUUAAAGAAGCGACGAACUAAAGAUGGUAAGGGUAAGAAGGGUGUUGAUAUGAAAUCGGUACAAUUAUUAGGAUCGGCGUACAAAGAAAAAGUUCAGCCUGAUAUGGAGGAACUCACCGAAAAUGCUGAAGAGGGCGGCGAAGAGGACAAAGAAAGUGAACAAAAAUUAGGCAGACUGAAUUUUAAGCUUGAAUAUGAUUUCAAUUCAAACAGUUUAGCCGUAACUGUUAUACAAGCUGAAGAAUUGCCAGCUUUAGAUAUGGGUGGUACCUCAGAUCCCUACGUUAAAGUGUAUCUGUUGCCCGACAAGAAAAAGAAAUUCGAAACAAAAGUACAUCGUAAGACACUAAGUCCAGUUUUUAAUGAAACAUUUACAUUUAAGAGUUUACCCUAUGCUGAUGCCAUGAAUAAGACUUUAGUAUUUGCCAUCUUUGAUUUUGAUCGUUUCUCAAAGCACGAUCAAAUUGGUGAAGUCAAGGUUCCACUGUGCACAAUCGAUUUGGCGCAAACAAUUGAGGAGUGGCGUGAUUUGGUCAGCGUUGAAGGUGAAGGCGGUCAGGAAAAGUUGGGCGAUAUCUGUUUCUCAUUACGUUAUGUACCGACCGCUGGCAAAUUAACCGUUGUCAUAUUGGAAGCCAAGAACUUGAAAAAAAUGGACGUUGGUGGAUUGUCUGAUCCAUAUGUGAAAAUUGCCAUUAUGCAAAAUGGAAAACGUUUGAAAAAGAAGAAGACAAGUAUCAAAAAAUGCACCCUCAACCCCUAUUAUAAUGAGUCGUUCUCAUUUGAAGUACCAUUUGAACAAAUACAAAAAAUCUGUUUGGUUAUCACUGUCGUGGAUUAUGAUCGUAUCGGUACUUCUGAGCCCAUUGGACGCUGUAUACUUGGUUGUAUGGCUACCGGCACUGAAUUGCGACAUUGGUCGGAUAUGUUGGCCUCACCCCGACGACCUAUUGCACAGUGGCAUACCCUGAAAGAUCCCGAGGAAACCGAUGAAAUCCUUAAAAAUAUGAAGUAAGAAGUUUAAACUAAACUUAUAAACAACAACAACAACAGCAAAAACAAAACACAAAUAAAUAAAUAUUCAUGGGAAAUGCAAACAUGAAAAGUGGAGUUGAGUAGAGAGAGAAUAAAUGAAAAAAAAAAUUGAUUGAUAUCGUUCGUUACUUAAAAAUGUUAAUUUUAAAAAAGUAAGCAACAAUUUUACACAGGUUUGUUUUAUUACAAAUUGUUUAUGAACAUAAGUACAUAGAUACAAAUAGACAUACUUACUUUUUUACAAUUUUUUAAGGAUAUCAAUCAAUUAUUUUUUUCGUUUCGUUUGUCUCGUUCGUUUAACUUUUCACGACAAAAAUGUUCAAUACAACUACAACAACAACAGCAAACUAUAUAAAUCACACAUCAAAACCGUCAUCAAUAAACAACAAACAACAACAAGAACAAAAACAAAAGAAACAAAUAAUAGUACCAGCAUCUUAUAGUAGUUAAUUAUAAUUAUUAAUAACAAAAUAAAUUUAAAUAAAAUAUACAUAUUUACAUAGUCUAUGUUACUCAUACAUACCAUAUAUAGCGCAUACAUGAAAAAAUCAUUUCAAAAAAAAAGUUUAAAAAAAAACGAUGGCCACCAUUCAUUAAUAAAAAACAUUUAAGAAAUAAUUAAAACAAAAUAACGAAAUACAAUCAAAUAUACAAGAUACUACUCGUACAUACAACAGCAACCAAUAACAAAACAACAACAACAACAAAAAAAGAAGAAACUGUAAAAUAUUUGUACUUAUCUACGAGUAUUCAAAGUGAAAUAAGUUUGAAUAUUUUCCAGCCGCGCCGCGAGAAUUUAAAACAUUCAUAUUUUAUUAUUUGAAAUUCUUCUUUUUUUACAAAAAAAAAAUAUAUAUAAAAAAAAACCCAAAAACAAAUUUCAGAGACAAUAUAAUAUUUUCAGUAUACUUUUUCAUUGAAAUAUUAUUAUUAUAUAACUAACAACUUGUCUUAAACGUAAAGUAAAAAAGUAAAAAAAAAUAUUAACAGCUUUUCCUUUACAGAUCUCUCUAUAUAAUUAUAAAAGAAAAGACAAAGAAACUAUUUUAAACAAAUUUAAAUUAUUAUUGAUUAUCUAUAUUGAAAACCAAUUUCAAAGUUGUUAAAUUUUAGUAAAAGAAAAAAAAAACCAA